AUGUCAGACGAAUCAUCAGAAUUAGAAGCAUCUUCAUCUAAACAAACUGUUGAUCCUAUAAAAUCAUUCUUAUCGGGUGGUUUCGGUGGUAUAUCAUGUGUAUUAGUCGGACACCCAUUCGAUUUGACCAAAACCAGAUUACAAACUGCUUCACCGGGUACUUAUACUGGUGCGAUUGAUGUCGUUAGGAAGACUAUCGCUCAAGAUGGUAUAAAAGGAAUGUAUAGAGGUAUUACACCGCCCAUUCUAGGUGUUACACCUAUAUUCGCAAUUUCGUUCUGGGGUUACGAUGUCGGCAAACGACUGGUAUACUCCAUGACACCGGAUAGGACUUCGCCACAUUUGUCCAUAGCAGAACUUGCUUUUGCGGGUGCUUUCAGUGCUGUACCUGCUACAUUGGUAGCUGCUCCUGCUGAGAGAGUAAAAGUCCUAUUACAAGUACAAGGUCAAGGUGGUUCAUCACUUUAUAACGGCCCCGUAGAUGUCGUUAAGAAAUUAUACGCUGAAGGUGGAUUAAGAAGUUUAUUCAGAGGUACAGUAGCUACUUUAGCUAGAGAUGGUCCAGGAAGUGCCGUUUAUUUUGCAACUUAUGAAUUACUCAAGAGACAACUCUCAGGUACUCCUCAAACUUUACCUAAUGGUGAAAAAGCUCCUGCACCUCCAUUGAGUUUACCUGCUAUCAUGGCUGCGGGUGGUACUGCAGGUGUAGCAAUGUGGAGUUUAGCUAUCCCACCUGAUACCAUCAAAUCCCGUCUUCAAUCAGCACCUCAUGGAACAUAUACUGGAUUCAUGGAUUGUGCUAGAAAACUCAUUGCUGCAGAUGGUGUGACUGCUUUGUGGAAAGGUUUCGCUCCUGCAAUGGCAAGAGCAUUCCCUGCUAACGCCGCUACUUUUGUCGGUGUCGAAUUGUCUCUUAAAGUAAUGGAAACAAUGUGGUAA